AUGCCACCCUCACCCGCGCCCACCAUAUCCCCCCGCGCCAAUCCAGACCACUCCAACAUCACAAUAUCCACCUCCCCAACCGACGACUACCGCCCCAGGUACAGAUUCUACAACAACACCUUCUCCCUCCACCGCGUCUCCCCCCUCUACCUGGGACCCGAGCCCGACCACAGCGGCGGCGCCGACCCUCCCCCCAUCACCAUUGGCCCAGCCCAGCUCCGCCUCGUCGCCCAGCGACUGCGGGAUGUGCUUGUCGGGGAUGUCACCCGAGGCGUGGAGGUCGGUCUCACAGCUGCAGACAGCGACAGCGCCAGCAAGAUCGCCAACAGCAUGGGCAGCCUCGAGGUGGUGGUGGUGAGACCUGUAGAGGCGGCUGAUUUGCUCGAUGUGAGUCUGGAAAAGAUGAAGGAUCAGUACCGGCAGGACGAAGGGAGCCAAGAGCUGGUGCGUUCAUGGCACGCGCUGGAGGCGAGGGUCAAGGGGAAGCUGGGGUUGGCGAUAGAGCUGGUGUAUGAGCAUUCGAUGGGCCUGGCGUUUCUUUUGCCUGACCUGUCCAAGUCGUCGGCGCUGGCGCCUGGUGCGGCGGAUGAUGAGACGGGGACGGGCCGGUUUCUGUGGCUGCCGGUCAUGUUGAUGAGGAUGCCUGCUCCGGUCAGGGUGGCGGUGACGCAGUUUUUGGAGAGGGAGUUUGACUGCAAGAUUAGUCCGACCAGGUUUGGGACCAGGACGAUGGUGGGGGGGUUGGAGAGGUGGAUGGAGACGUUAGAGAGGAACAAGAAGGAGCAGGAGAAGGAUCUGCUUGUAGCGGUGGGGUUUAACACUGUAGCGAUGAUGCCGAGGCAGAUGGUGGCGGUGGAGGGGGGGAAGGAGGAGUUGAACAAGCCGGGCUUGGCUACGAUUGAUGUCAUUCUUCCGUGGAGCAAACUGAUCCCGUUUUGGAAGCGCGGGAAGGAGAUGGAGGAGGGGGAGAUGCGGAGGAGGUAUGAAGAGGGGGGUGUGGAAUACAAGGCUUCGGCUGUCACGUUGGCCGGAAAACAGGGGAUGAGGGAGGAGGGAUGGGGGUGGAGGAGCGAGGUUCACCAGCCUUUCCUUGAGGCUCUGUCAAUGUACACCAAGAGAACCAUCGCGAUGGGACUGUUUCAUCCAGCGGUGCGGAUCGUCAAGGUUGGCUGCUCGGGAUUCACGGCGGCCGAGGGAAGAUUGAAGAUCUUUCCUACGAUGGACAGGGCUGGGGUGGUAGACUUGUUGGCUAUGUUGUGUGAGAAGGCUGUUUCGCAGCAGCGUUGA